CCAUAAUUCCCAUAUAUCUCCUAGUAUCCUUAUCUAACCCCCGCACUCCACCCCCCUCUUCUCUCUCUUCUCUUUUCUUUUUCUCUUUCCCCUUUCUCUCCCCCCCCUCUCUUUCCUCACUUGUCCUUUAUCUCUUCUUCAAGUUUUAUUCGGAGGAUUUGGGUUUGGGUAUGAAGUUUCUGUUGGUUUGAUUCACAGGAGGGUUUUCAUGGCGGAUUGCAACAGGGGAGACGGCUUCUUUCCUUCUUCCCAAGAUCACGAGGCAACGUCCGAGGUGAAGAAAUAUGGAGGACUUGCGCCAAAGAAGAAGCCUCUGAUUUCGAAGGAUAAUGAACGUGCCUUCUUUGAUUCAGCAGACUGGGCAUUAUGCAAGCAAGGUGCAGGAAUGAACCAAAAAUCAACAGUGGCCGUAGAGACAUUGCGCCCAAAGUUACAGAGAACGCCACACCAACGGCUCCCCCCUCGAAGACCUGCUUGUACUUCUGGCCGUGAUAGCCUCGUGGAGUAGAAUCCGGGCAAGGUCUCAACCGAGUGGUUUAAUGUGAUAGAAUGGCAGCCCCACACGUUGUACAUUCAUGACAUUGCGCACAUUCCAUUUGGCUGAUUGAAUGCUUUGAACGUUGAGUUUCUGUUAAUAAAAUAAGUCUUCCAACA